AGGCUCUCUUAACUAGUGAUUCAAGUCACUUGCUAUUUAAACGAGUCAUGCAAUGAAUUAGGAAGCACAUCACUAAUUCUCCACAACGAAAGGAAACCAUACGAGAACAACCCGGACCUCCUUUUUCUGGUUGAAGAGUGAAGCGAAAAUGGUGAAGAUCUGUUGCAUUGGUGCUGGAUAUGUCGGGGGUCCUACGAUGGCAGUUAUCGCGCUCAAGUGCCCAUCUCUUGAAGUUGUUGUUGUGGAUCUUAAUCAGAAAAGGAUUGAUGCUUGGAACAGUGACACACUUCCAAUUUAUGAGCCAGGCCUUGAUGAUGUGGUCAAGAAGUGUCGAGGCAAGAACCUCUUCUUCAGCACCAAGGUGGAUGAGAGUGUAAUGGAAGCUGAUAUUGUGUUUGUCUCUGUCAACACCCCAACCAAAACAACUGGUCUUGGAGCAGGCAAAGCAGCAGAUUUGACUUACUGGGAGAGUGCUGCUCGAAUGAUUGCUCGUGUAUCAAAGUCCAGCAAAAUUGUUGUUGAGAAAUCAACCGUCCCAGUGAAAACAGCUGAGGCAAUAGAAAAGAUUUUGACUCACAACAACAAAUCAGAAAUCCAAUUCCAAAUUCUCUCAAACCCAGAAUUUCUUGCUGAGGGAACUGCAAUUGAAGACCUAUUCCAACCAGAUCGUGUCCUCAUUGGUGGUAGGGAGACCCUUGAAGGCCAAAAGGCUAUCCAAGCACUGAAGGAUGUAUAUGCUCAGUGGGUGCCUGAGGACAAAAUCCUAACCACCAACCUUUGGUCUGCAGAACUCUCUAAACUUGCUGCAAACGCAUUCUUGGCCCAAAGAAUUUCAUCUGUCAAUGCCAUGUCUGCUCUUUGUGAAGCUACAGGGGCCAAUGUCGCGCAAGUGUCAUUUGCCGUUGGUAAGGAUAGUAGGAUAGGACCAAAGUUUCUGAAUGGUAGUGUUGGUUUUGGUGGAUCUUGCUUCCAGAAGGAUAUCCUGAAUCUAGUGUACAUAUGCGAAUGCAAUGGUCUUCCAGAGGUGGCAGAGUACUGGAAACAAGUAAUUAAGAUCAACGAUUAUCAGAAGAGUCGUUUUGUGAACCGUAUUGUUGCCUCCAUGUUUAACACCGUGUCCAAGAAAAAGAUUGCCGUUCUUGGGUUUGCCUUUAAGAAAGAUACUGGUGACACUAGGGAGACCCCUGCGAUUGAUGUGUGCCAGGGUUUGUUGGGUGAUAACGCCGAUCUCAGCAUAUAUGACCCGCAGGUUACUGAGGAGCAGAUCAAGAUGGAUCUCACAUCGAAGAAGUUUGAUUGGGACCAUCCUCUUCACCUACGUCCAAUGAGUGAUACCACCACCCUUGAGAAGGUUCAUGUGGUCAAGGAUGCCUAUGAGGCAGCAAAAGAUUCCCAUGGUGUUUGCAUUCUGACCGAAUGGGAUGAGUUUAAGACACUUGAUUACCAGAAAAUAUAUGAAGGUAUGCAGAAACCAGCAUUCAUAUUUGAUGGACGGAACGUGAUUGAUGCAGGUAAAUUGCGUGAGAUUGGUUUCAUUGUUUAUGCAAUUGGUAAGCCUCUGGAUGCAUGGCUGAAUGACAUGCCUGCUGUGGCAUAA